AUGUCUCUUCCUCUUCGAACUCUCGGUCGCACUGGUCCUCAGGUCAAUGCUGUUGGCCUCGGCCUCAUGAGCAUUGGUGGUAUCUACGGCGCUGCUAGUUCUACUGAAGGAGUUGCCUUUCUGGAACACGCACAUGCUACCGGCCAACGCUUCUGGGACACAGCAGAUCUAUAUCGCACCAGUGAGGAUAUCGUUGGUGAAUGGAUCAAGCGGACUGGCAAGCGCAAUGACAUUUUCCUCGCCACCAAGUUCGCUGUUCAAUUCGUAGACGGUGCGAUGAAGGUUCGCUCGGAUCCCGAGUAUGUCAAGAUAGCUUGUGAGAAAUCCUUGAAGAAGCUGAAUGUCGACACGAUCGAUUUGUACUAUUGUCACCGAGUUGAUGGAGUGAACCCGAUUGAAAAGACCAUCGAGGCAAUGGUUGAGCUGAAGAACCAAGGGAAGAUUCGAUAUAUCGGCCUCUCCGAGGUUUCGGCUGCCACGCUCCGCCGGGCCCACGCUGUCCAUCCCAUUACCGCUCUCCAGAUCGAAUACAGCCCGUUUGCUCUAGAUAUCGAAUCACCUAACUCGGAUAUCUUGGACACUUGUCGCGAGUUGGGCAUUGCCGUGGUCGCUUACAGUCCCAUCGGCCGAGGUAUUCUGACUGGUCAGAUCAAGUCACCCGCCGACUUCGCCGAGGAUGAUUUCCGUCGUUUCCUCCCCAAGUACGCGGAGGAGAACUUCCCCAAAAUCCUGCAGCUUGUGGAGGGACUGAAGGAAGUGGCUAAAGUGCACAACAGUACCCCCAGCCAGAUCGCCAUCGCGUGGUUGCUUGCACAGGGAUCUGAUAUCAUUCCCAUCCCUGGGACUAGGACGACUGCGCGGAUGGAUGAAAAUACGGCGUCGACACAGUUCCAACUGACUAGCGAGGAGGAGCGCAAGAUUCGGGAUCUGGUCAAGCAGACGGAGGUCCCUGGCACUCGGUAUCAUGAGUCGAUGAUGGCCAACGUCGUGGCGGAUACUCCGCCGCUGUAA